CUCCUUUCGUCACCGGAGACACCUCCUCCUCUGAAGUUCCUCGGGGGAAGAGUGAAGGGACCCGGACGAACCACGGGCAGGGGACCACGAUCGGGCUCGGUGGAUACAAAUUUACACAUUAUUCCCUAACGAGGGGGCCCGGUGUUCGAGUGAAGACAAGGUGCCGCGCGGAAAAACCCGAAGGUCUCCACCGCUUCGAGGAACGUCAGAAAAAUAAGGAAAAUGGCGGAGCCGGACAAAUUAAACAUCGACUCCAUAAUUCAGCGUCUCCUGGAAGUCAAGGGCUCUCGGCCAGGGAAGAAUGUCCAGCUGACGGAGAGCGAGAUCCGCGGCCUUUGCCUCAAGUCCCGUGAAAUCUUCCUGAGCCAGCCGAUCCUGCUCGAGUUGGAGGCUCCCCUCAAAAUCUGCGGCGACGUCCAUGGUCAGUACUACGACCUGCUCCGGCUGUUUGAAUACGGAGGCUUCCCCCCGGAGAGCAACUACCUGUUCCUGGGUGACUACGUAGACCGAGGGAAGCAGUCGCUGGAGACUAUAUGCCUGCUUCUUGCUUACAAGAUUAAAUACCCAGAGAAUUUUUUCCUGCUGCGUGGCAACCACGAAUGCGCCUCUAUUAAUCGAAUCUACGGCUUCUACGACGAGUGCAAGCGACGGUAUAACAUUAAGCUGUGGAAGACCUUCACAGACUGCUUCAACUGUUUACCCGUGGCUGCCAUCGUAGAUGAGAAAAUCUUCUGCUGUCACGGAGGCCUCUCUCCCGAUCUUCAGUCGAUGGAGCAGAUCCGCAGAGUAAUGCGGCCCACGGACGUGCCCGACCAGGGGCUGCUGUGCGACCUGCUGUGGGCCGACCCCGACAAAGACGUGCUGGGCUGGGGGGAAAACGACCGCGGCGUCUCCUUCACGUUCGGGGCCGACGUGGUGGCCAAAUUUUUGCACAAACACGACAUGGACCUAAUAUGCAGGGCACAUCAGGUGGUAGAAGACGGGUAUGAGUUUUUCGCAAAGAGGCAGCUCGUCACCUUAUUCUCGGCUCCAAACUACUGCGGGGAGUUUGACAACGCUGGUGCCAUGAUGAGUGUGGAUGAGACGCUCAUGUGCUCCUUCCAGAUUCUGAAGCCAGCAGACAAGAAAUUGUAUCCUUAUGGCACAGGGGCAGGAAUGGGAUCUGGGAGACCGGUCACCCCGCCGCGAAAUUCAGCCAAGGCCGCCAAGGCCAAGAAAUAACACCCACUGGGUUCUCCUCCAUCAACCUGCCACCCCACCAACCCCUCUCCCCCUGUUGGCCCCCUCUUUUUUCCCCCUUCCACCUCCCAAACUUGUCUCUCCCUCGUCACCAAACGGCAACAAAGCAAACAAGUGUCCAGGGUUCAAUCAUGUUUUUUUUCUCUCUCUCUCUCUCUCUCUUUAAAACAAUUUUUAACUGUUUGUUCGGCUGCUUGCGUGUAAUUUUUUUUUCUGUGCGAGAAUGUGUAUAAUAAGUGCGAAUGACAGAAGGAAUUUCUAGAUUCUGUAUGUACGUUUUUAUUUUAAAAUUUCCUUCCUUCUGUAGGCAACUCCCCUCGGGUCUCUGUUUUCCUGUCAUUUUGUAGAGAUGGGUGAUGUAAAAUUCAAACCUGGGUGGAGGGGAGAGAGCGAGCAGAGAGGAGGAGCCUUGGCUGUUUAUGUUGGGGCCCUGCACUGUUUAAUGCUAAACACAAGCUUUUGUACAUCCUGUUUCAGAGGUCUGUGUAUGUCUGUGUGAGGGGGGUGGGGAGGGAGGGGUGGGGACGGGGACAAGUUGCACGGUCAAGUGGUAACGGCACAUACGACACACUGGGCGCAAAGGUGGACAUAAGUGCAAGGUGAAUCCUCGAAUUAAAAACGGAUUCACGGCGACACAAUGUUUUUCUUUUUAGAAGACCAAUGAUUUGAAAACACAGUCAUGGAUAUGAAAUAGUUUUUUGCUUCUUUUGUAGAUACAUGAAACCAACAUGGUUUGAAUUAUUUUUCUUCUUCUACUUCUACUUCUUCUUCUUUGGUUUUUAGUUCACUGAAAGUUAAGAUGAAUAAAAAUGACCAUUUAUUUGAA